GCUCAUUUAGAUACAACUUAAAAUGGCGGAGAAAAUUUUGAAAAAUUUCCAAGAUUAAUCGAUUGAUUUGAUAGGAAUAGAACAGUAUUCAACCAUCACUACAGUACAGGGCAUAGCAUGAAUAUAUAGGUUGAUAGCUUGCUUUGAAAUCUCAACUCUUGAACAAUAUGGACAAGUAUCAAAGGAUAAAGAAGAUUGGAGAGGGCUCCUUUGGCAAAGCCUUGCUAGUUCGACAUAAAGAAAAUGGCAAGCAGUUCGUCAUCAAAGAGAUCAACAUAUCAAAGAUGGGCAGAAAGGAAAGAGAAGAUUCCAGGAAAGAGGUGGCAGUACUGGCCCAAAUGAACCAUCCAAAUAUUGUCUUUUAUCGAGAGUCUUUUGAAGAGGCUGGUAAUCUCCACAUCGUGAUGGACUUCUGUGAAGGUGGAGAUUUGUAUGGCCGAAUGAACAAACAGAGAGGAGUUUUGUUUCCUGAAGACACGAUUCUUGAUUGGUUUGUACAAAUCUGCCUUUCGAUCAAACACAUUCAUGAUAGGAAGAUUCUCCACAGAGAUAUCAAAACACAAAAUAUAUUCCUCACAAAACAUGGUGUUGUAAAACUUGGAGAUUUUGGAAUUGCCAAAGUUCUAAACAGUACUGUUGAGCUAGCCAGAACAUGUAUAGGAACACCUUACUACCUAUCCCCUGAGAUAUGCGAGAACAGACCUUACAAUAACAAAAGUGAUAUUUGGUCAUUGGGCUGUGUGCUGUAUGAACUGGCCACUUUGAAGCAUGCGUUCGAGGCAGGAAACAUGAAGAAUUUAGUUCUCAAGAUCAUCAGAGGAUCAUUUCCUCCUGUUCCUCCAAGGUAUUCAUAUGAACUGAGGAACCUCAUAGCAGCACUGCUUAAGAGAAAUCCAAGAGACAGGCCAUCUGUAAACAGUAUUUUAAAGAAAAACUUCAUCCAAGCAAGGAUCAAAAAGUUCUUGAAUGAAUCAGAAGUACAAGAUGAAUUCAGCCAUACAGUCAUGCAUGGGCAGAAGAUCAAGAAAGCUCUACCACCAGGUGGCAUUGGUUUAGCUCCUGCUAGAGCUGUUCCCAAAGCAAAACCAUCAGCAGCUGCUCCACCUAAAUAUAACCCAGCUUCUGUAUAUGGUGUCCCAGUUGCUAGGAGAUCUCGUGAAAAUCGUAAAUCAGAUGAAAGAAAGAAGCCAGCUGCUCAUCCUGGGCCACUGGCUUACCAGCAAGAUCUUGCCAGAAAACGUGCGGAACUUAUCGCCAAGGAGAAUGUGCGACGAGGAGGAAAUGUUGUCGCCAAAAAACAGGAUGCAAUUCAACAGCACAAAGAUCUAGUAGAAAAACAGAAGGUUGCCAGGUUAAAUAAGGCACGUGAGGAGGGAUGGAAACAGUUAAUAAGCUCAUUGGAUUCUGAUGAGGGUAUCCAUGGUAACAAUGACAAGAAAGCUCCAGCCCCUGCUGCUGCUCCAGUGUUCAAGCCUGCAGAGCAUCCUGCCCAGCCAUUCAGAGAGAGAGGUAACUAUGACAAUUACAAUGACUACCUGAAGAAACUAGAUCAUAAUAGGAAAGCCAGGGCUAUUGCUCCAGAUCCAACUCCCAUUGGUUUAGCUCCCAAGGAGGCAUGGGAUGAGGCUAGAGGUGCAGAUAGGCAUGCCCAACAAGCCAAUGAGAUGAGAGUUAAAGCAGGCCAGGCAGCAGAUAGAGCUAAACAAGUUGAGGAGUUCAUGCAGAGGAAACGCCAAGCUGCUCUGAAUAAACAGAGGGGAGGCGCAGAUAUUUAUGGGAACCCCUACAAUAAGCCUCCAUCAGGGGCUAGGGCUGCUGAACCUGUAGUCAGCAAGAGACCUUGGUCAGCAGUAGAUGAAGGGAGAAACCAACAGGAGCAGGAGUACCUAGCCAGACUACGCCAGAUCAGACUACAAAACUUUAAUGAGAGGAGAGCUAACAGAGAUAAAGGUGCAGCUGAUCACAUUAACAUGAAGGUUGAUCAUGAGGCAAGGAAAAAGAAGAUAGAGGCUCUAAAGAAACAAGCUGAUGACAGGGCCAAGAAACUAAAGGAGGAGCUAGAGAGGAAACGAAGGGAUGCUUAUGAGAAAGAGAAACAGAAAUGGAACAGAGAUGGUGGAGGAAGAGCUGUCCUUGAGGGUCAAGCUGCUGGGGCUAACAAACCUCCAGUUGGUGCCCGACCUGUGUCUGCGCAACCACUGAGAGCUGUGGGUGGAGGACGUGCUGUCUCAGACCGCCCUGUAUCUGCAAAUAGAGCUGUAGGCCAAGAGCAAGCCAUCCCAGCCCAUAGACUUCCCAAACCUGCCCCUGUUAUAGGUAUGACCAAUGUUAUGAAGGCCAUUGGGGCUGAUAUGCCUGCCUUUGAUGCUGGCCCUUCGGAUGAAGAACUUCUCGAGCAAGUUGGAAAGUCUCCACUGCAGAAAAAGAAAGAUGAAAUCUUAAAGAAGGUAAAUGCCAACCAUAAUGCAGAUCGCCCUAAGUGGGGUCAACCUGUGCAGCCCAUUGUCCCUGCUAUGGAGAGACCCAAGUGGGCUGGGGAGGGUACUAACAUACUUGGAGGCAUGGCUCUAGAAGAAACAUCCUCUGCAAUGGAAGCUACUAAUGCUGGGGACAUUGUUGAGAAGCACAUGGACCAAGGGAGGAAGCAAUGGGGGGCCAAACGUGCGCCAGGCACAGUGCUAAAUGCCCUGCAGAAGGCACAAGUGUCAGUGGGGGCAACCAUGACCAUACAACCCAAGGAUGAACAAGAUGGCACACCUGCAGAGGGGUUGAAACCAGGGACACCUAUUGGAGAAACUGUGACAUUAGCUAAAACCCCAGUCAAGAAAGACACCAUAGUUAUUUCCUCACCAGAGAAAGAGGGUAAGCCUGUUAUUGCUGAUAAACCUCGGCCAAAGACUGCAGAACCAAACACUACUCCCAACAAAGAUAGCAAUGAGGCAUCUGUGAGGCCAAAGACAGCUGGAUCUAGUCCAAGAAACACUGAAGUGAAAAAGAGUGCACUGUUUGAGAAGGUUCAGCUAGAUGAGGAUGAUGAAGAUGAUGAGAAGAUUAAGAAGGUACAAGAUGCUGAUGAUAUUCAAGUUGAAGACCUAGAGGAUGAAGAAACACCAGAUAACAAAUUCCAGAUGGCAUCAGCAGGUGUUAUGAUUGGCCUCACUACAGGACACUUUGACAUUCCUGACUCCAGGAUGCUACGUACAUGUUCACUACCAGACCUGAGCAAGUUGUUUAGAACUGCGGCAGAGAACCCUUUCCUAGGAGCUGACCAGGUCAGCUUCAGUCUGAAUGUUGAUGCUGAAUUGGACGAAGAUGAAUAUGAUGAAGAACUAGGAAGUGGUGACCACGAGAGAGAAUCUGUUGAAGAUGAUGACAAUGAAGCAAACAGCGAGGAAAAUGAAGAUGACGAUCAAGAAGAAAAUGAUGAGGAACAUCAAGACCAGGAGGAUGGAAGUGAGGAUGACUCUAAUGAUGAAAAUGACGAUGAAGAUGAAGACAUGCAGAGUAUGAGAGAAGCUAUGGGCAGUUUGCUAAAUGAUGAUGAUAAGAAAACACCUGCAAAACCUAAAACUCCAAAAACUAAAAAGACAAAACUUCCAAACUCUGGUAAAGGGGACUCCAUAGAUGGCGCUAUUGGUACCAUCAUUCCAGGAAAAGAAGACUGGGAUUCUGAUGAUACAGAUGAAGGUCAGGGUGAUAUUGAUGAUGAAGAUGACAGAUUCUGUCGUCUUGAAGAGUCCAGAAUUGAACUUGAAAAUGCUCUUGGUGAAAAUACCUUUAUCAAAGCCUACAAAACUGUACAGGCCAUCCAUGAAGAUGAGGAUGAAAGUCUGGAGGAGUGUGGGAAGUUGGUAACUAAAAUACUGGGAGAUGGUAAAGAACAAUACUACACAAAGAUUUUACAACUUGUCAUGGCUGAUGGUGCCUACACAGAAGAUAAUGACUGAACAGAUAAUAUCCCUAUGACUGAUUUUAUGAAUCACAUAAUAAUAUAGAUCUACACAAUUAGAAUCAUCGAGAUUUAGAACAUCAUGCUACAGAACUGCAGAAUCCAAUAAAUAUAAAUCACACUGAUGUUAAAAAUAACAAUGAACAACAUUGAAAGUACAGUAUACAUAUCAGGAUCUUAAGAUUGCAGUAUACAAAUCUGGUGAUAUUACAAUAUACAGUUCCAAUAAGUACAAUAGAAUAGAGGUGAGUCAAAUGACACUGCAGUACAUCAGACUAGGACUGUCAUGGAGAAAUAAAAGAUGUUGAAUUGAAACAUUCACUCAUUUACAUUCCUGGUGUCACGGAGAUGCUUGGAAGCAUAAUACAUCAUAAUUUACUUAAUUAUACAACUCAGAUUAAAAACUAAAUUAUAAAAUGUGAUUUUCAUACCAAAGUGUGUAUAAUUAUUGAGUUACUUAACCAAACU